AUGGCCAGUUCGGUCGUUACUGCAAAAGAGUGUGACGAUUGUCCAAAUCUCCUGGAGAAUCUAGGUUUUGCAGUUGACUCGCUUCUAACUAAUGUCAGACCGCUUGUUUUUGCGUUCUGCAACGAACACAUAGAGAUGAAAUGGAAUUGCAGACAUGCAUGGGAUGUGGCGGAAAUAGUGAUUUUACAAAUAAAAUCUGAAGUCUUCCCCAGGGAAGAUAGCAAUGUUUCUCGAGAUGUGAUGUGUUCUCAAGCACUAAAAGUUUGCCCUGACAGAGCAAGAAAUGGAACAACAAUAGUAAGCGGAAAGUUUUCUUGUCAAACCUGUUUUAGUUUAUUCGACAUGAUUCUCAAGUUAGUCGUCACACCCGUAGAAAAAAUUAAUCGAGCUUUCGAGUCAAUCAUGUGUAACCGAGAACAAGAAAACUGCAUAAAGAACUUUCUCCCAAUAAUUUAUAUUAACGACAAGCUUCGGGACAGUCAUGUCGCAAAGAACGCAAGGAAGAGCGUAUGUGAACAAUUGGGUUGCAUUUAA